AUGUCAUCCAGUAAGCCGGGAAACUUCAUCACCCGUCUGUUCCACCACAAGAAAAAGUCUGAGGAGAAGGUCACCACGGCUUCUACUGAGACAACCAAACCCGCAACUAGUACAACCAAGCCUGUUUUAUAUGUAUUUAUUGCCAGUGUGUGGGCAUCGGCUCCGAGCCUCGCUCUGCUGGAGCUUAAAUACCCCCCUGGAGCUGUCGAAGAGAAAGCAGUUAAUCUGGUGGAAGGAGAAAACUUUACACCUGAAUUCAUUAAAAUCAACAACAACGCCACUCUCCCAACCUUAGCCACCACUGAUAAAAUAUAUACCGACACUACCGGAUCGGUCGAAUGGAUCGUUUUGAAUGCCCCUACUCCGGGUGCCAAGUCAUCCCACCAAGACGUUAUUGUGGCCAUUCACCGUGAUAAUAUCGACCCCAAUUUCUCAUUGCUAUCCGCCCGUAACCAAGAAGAACUCGAUGCCAAGCGCGGUGACGUUCCGGGACAAUUCAUCCGUCAGCGUCAGGCCAAACUUGAGGAGCUCGCUCCCAAGUCACCCGAGAACCUCCAGAAAUGGUACAAGGAUAAGCUCGAAUUUAACGGCUUACUUUCGUCUGUUUACGCUGAGGGUGCUCCCACUGAUAUCACCUCUGGUUGGUUCGACAAGUCCAACCAGCACUGGGACAACGUAAAGACUUUUAUCGCUUCCGAGCUCCCAGCCUUCCUUCCCGAAAGCGGUUUUGUUGAUGGCUCGGCUCCUGGAGAAGCCGACUUCCAUGUUGCCGCAUGGCUUGCGCGCACAGCAGGAGUCUCCGGUGCAAAGAUUGAUGACAUUUCUCCCUUGGGAGAAGCACUAGGAUUAACGCUGGACCCCAAGGUUGUUGCUUACUUUGAUGCUUGGAAGGUCCGCGAUUCCUGGAAGAAGGUAUAUGCGGAGGGUCUGCAUUAG